GUCUCAUCAGAGGGAUGUGGGAUCGAGAGAUACUCAAUAUACAGAAUAUACAGAAAAAUCUGCUUUUCUUUUCUGUAUCUUUUACAUGAUAAAAAGCCAUUUUGAUUAUCGCUACACUAUGUUGUCCAUUUUAAUUGUUUACGUUUCGGAGGCCACUUGUGUUACUGUAAACCUUACAAUAACACAUUUAAACACACAUUCUCAGUGUUAGCAUGCAAGAAAGUGCUGUGAUGUAAGAUAAUAGAUCUACUGUCCAUCCAGCACAGACUGCCUCCGCCUGCAGCUCACACACACUCACAGAACACUAUUGUCCUGCCCUGCACAAAGAGUCCCUAAGCAUGAACACACACACACACACACACACACAGAAAGUCCCAGCACUGCCUCUCAUCCCUGUACCGGAGAAAACCGGUGCAGUGUGUUUGUGAAUGUGGUUAUCCACUCUCUGUACAUGCCUUGUGGGAACGACAGGUGAAGAUCCAGAAUGGAGGUUUAUAUCGUGGGGAUCUGCAUCGCAGUAUGUGGAAACUUUCUCAUCAGCAUCUCCUUGAAUAUCCAGAAAUACACACAUGUGCGUCAGUCUCAGCGAGGGACGAAGCCGUACUACACCAGCCGUCUGUGGUGGUGCGGGAUCCUGCUGAUGGGUUUGGGGGAGCUGGGGAACUUCGCUGCGUAUGGAUUUGCUCCAGCAUCGCUCAUCGCUCCUCUCGGCUCUGUGUCUGUCAUCGCGAGUGCCGUCAUUUCUGUGGUGUUCCUCAAGGAGACGUUACGUGCUUCAGACAUCCUCGGAGGUGCUUUAGCGCUGACCGGCACCUACUUCCUGGUGACCUUCGCCCCUCACUCAUCGCCUCACGUCACGGCCAACAUGGUGGAGCGCUCGCUGGUCAGCUGGACCUUCCUCAUUUACUUUAUGUUUGAAAUGAUUCUCUUCGCUAUCCUGAUGUAUUUGUACAAGUGCAGGAACAUAAAACACAUCGUUAUCAUGAUGAUCUUGGUGGCGUUACUCGCUUCGGUGACGGUGAUCUCGGUGAAAGCGGUUUCAGGAAUGAUCACAGAGACGAUCCGUGGAAGUCACCUGCAGCUCACCUAUCCCAUCUUCUACAUCAUGUUCAUCAUCAUGGUCAUCUCCUGUGCCUUUCAGAUCAAGUUUCUGAACGAGGCCAUGAAGAUGUUCGACGCCACAGAGAUCGUGCCCAUCAAUUACGUUUUCUUCACCGCGAGCGCCGUUGCUGCUGGCAUUUUAUUUUAUGAAGAAUUUUAUGGUUUAUCUUUGAUACACGGCAUCAUGUUUGUGAUCGGGUGUCUACUGGCAUUUACUGGAGUGUUUCUAAUCGCGAGAGCUCGUCCCAGGAUCAAGAUGGACCGUGUGUUUAUUUCAAUGAGCCAGAUUCCAGGCAAAAGUGGUACAGAUAAGGUGCAGUCGCAGUCAGAUGACAGUAAAUAUGGAGCGCUGGCAUCUAAACUGACGUGCACCAGUGGGAUCCAGCAGGACGAGCCGUAGACGGAGCGCCCCCCGCAGGAGGAACAGAGGACCACACUCACGCUCGGUGUGUGUGACUGAGUGACCGACUAACUGAGUUCAGAAAAGGUUCAUUUUGAAUGCAUAUCUGUUUAAGUGUUGUUAUUAUGACUUUUUAAUAAACUAGUUUGAAUAUUUGAAUACUUGCCUAAAGAAAAAACAUGACGAAAUGACUCG